AAGUUAAUUUUGAUAGGCAAAAUAAGGAGUGUGUGUAGAAGUGUAAUCAAUGGAGUCAAACAAGGAUUCGCAGAAGAAGCAAAUGAAGAAGAAGCUGACACCAAUUAGGUCAUUCAAGGAGAAGAGAUCGAGAUUAUACAUCAUUAGGCGAUGCCUGGUCAUGCUGAUGUGUUGGAGAGACCCUCGUGAUUGA